AUUAUCAAAUUCCAAAAUUAGACAAAAUCUCCCCGAAAAAAAUGGCCCUCCGAUAUAUCAAAUCGCCGACGUUGAUACGGCGCAGUAACAUGGAAAAAUAGUUUUAACAUGAAAGCUCGGCCUAUAAUUAUCAGGCCCAGUAACAUGCCCAUCAGUGACCCCCAAAUUAAAUGGAAGCCGAACGGUUUGAUGAGUGGUGGGUUGGGUGAGAGUAGCAACGGCGAGGACGAAGCUUUGGCCGUUUCCCGAUGCUCAGCGGUUCAGUUAAGACAUCCAUGUCUACUCAGAACUGAAAAGGGUAUACGGUUCUUAGGACACGUUCUCUCUAUCUUAAUCUUCUGAUUCUGGUUCCCGAGCCUCUAGCUUUCUCUAAGGUCGGAACUUCUGUGAACAGUAACAUUAGUAACUUGGGGGUUUUUUAAAAGAUAUGGACAGAAUCAGUGAGUUAUCUGAUGAGUUGCUUAUCAAGAUAUUAUUGUUUGUUCCGACUAAAGUUGCUGUGUCCACUAGCGUUUUGUCGAAACGAUGGGAGUAUCUUUGGAUGUGGUUGCCUAAACUUGAUUACGGUGGUAGACAUUAUUCACCUUCUGAUUGCGAAAUGUUACAGUGUUUUCUUGACAAAAAUCUGCCAUUGCAUAGAGCUCCGGUUAUAGAAAGCUUCCGUCUUGACUUAAGUAGUAGAAAUUUUACAACUGAGAAUAUCAAGCUCUGGGUUGUAAUAGCUGCUUAUCACUGUGUACGUAAGCUGGAGAUUAUUUAUGAAUCUUAUCCGGAGAAGCCAAAUAUAUUGCCGAGCAACUUGUAUACUUGCAAAUCGCUCGUGAUCUUGAAACUGAAAGGCACAAUUCUCUUGGAUGUUCCUCGAGUGGCUUUUCUUCCCUCUCUCAAGACUAUGCAUCUUCGAAGCGUGAGAUACCAUAAUGAUGAAGAAUCUCUUCAACGGCUUCUAUCUAAUUGCCCUGUUCUUAAAGAUCUAUUGGUAGAUCUAUGUGAGCAUGACAGCAUGGGAAAGUUAACUGUUGUUGUCCCAUCUUUGCAGAGUUUAUCGCUCUAUAUACCUUAUAAUUUUGAUAUAGGUGGGAUUGAGAUAAGAACUCCUUUUUUAAAGUAUUUUAAACUUGAAGAUUGUAGUGAUAAGAGACACUACUGUUUGGUUGAGAAUAUGCCUAACCUGAUCGAGGCAGAUGUAGAUGUUGAUUUACAUAACAUCAAGAGUCUUAUUGGAUCAAUCACAUCUGUCAAGCGUCUUUCAAUAUGUAUAUCUUCAAAGGAUAUGUAUGAUGAAGGUUUUGUCUUCAACCAGCUUGAACAUCUGAAGAUAUGUUUUGGGGAGUUUUCUUCGAAUCUGCUUGUCCGACUGCUCAAUGAUUCUUCUAACUUACAAGUACUAGAGCUUCAUGAAAUGGAUAAUCACUGUCAUGAUGAUACGAUGGUUAACUGGAAUCAACCAAGUACUGUCCCUGAAUGUAUGUUGUUGAGUCUACAAACUCUCAACUGGUCGGACUACUCGGGAACACCAGGAGAGAGAGAUCUUGCAGUUUAUAUCUUGAAAAAUGCCGUUCACUUAAAGACUAUGAAAAUCACGUCAUUUGAAGGAGAAGUUCCAAAAUUUGAGAUGAUCAAGGAGUUGGCACUUUCUUCUAGAGCUUCAACAGCAUGCCAACUCGUGUUUCAUUGUCUAUAUUGAUCCAUGAACUCCUAUGGUUUUGUCGUCAACUCUCAUAAAACUUUUUCCCUUCAUGUUUUGAUUAUAACUUUGUCCUCUUUUAUUAUGUUGUUUUUAAAAUCCCAAAGAUAAUGACAAGCACUAGACUAGCUUAGUGGAGGCGUUUGGCAACA